CACUACGAUACACGGUACAAGUAUCGUCUUAAUCAACAGUAGUACAAUCGUAUUCAAAGACUUUCGCUAUUUGGACGAUUAGAAGAGUGUCUCGUAAGUUUUCUUUGAAAAAUGUCCGUCGUUGAACAAUCUGUUGCGAGUCAAGGGAUCAUCGUUCCACCGAGUUUACCGAUCAUCUUAAAGCAAUUCUGCAAGGCAGCCAUCCGAACGCAACCGUACGAUUUACUAAAAUGGUCCAGCUCGUAUUUUCGUGCAUUGGCAGACGGCGAGGAACCACCAACGAAACUGAGGCUCGAAUAUCCACCGCCAAGUACUGCUUCCGGAUUGACGUUCGGUUUUCUUAGGAUUUUGCUACGACAAUUCGGAGAUUACAACAAAUCGUUGCCCCUGGAGAUGAUUCUACGUCGCUGGGACUGUUUAUGCUUGGAUCGACGAGAUUUGAACUUGAUCAUGAUGAUUGGAAAAUUCCGACGAAGGUGUCAGGUGAAAAAAUUCCUAGCUAUAGCAGUGGGUCUUCUAGGGUCGAGUCUCUUCGAAACGAUGAUCAUGAUUUGCGAUUUAUUCACUCACGAGCCCGAAGGUGGGUCAGCUAUGGUCCCUGUCACACUGUUCAUGGAGAUAUAUGGGUAUUUGGCAGGACUUCGAUGCGACGGUGGUGAAAGAGACUCCUCGGACGAGGAUCCGACGGAAUUCAUCAUAUGCCGCGAAUCGAACGACUCUAGAUCACUGGCGAGCCAAGAACACAGCGAGGACAGGUUUUCCGUGGAUCGUGUUUGCUCAAUUGCGAGUCAAGACACCGAAGCGGACGUCAAUUUGGAUUUGGAGAUGGUGUCGAAGGAAGACGUCGAUUCGUCGAGAAGUAAACUGCUUUUCCAAGUUACAAUGUUCUCGUAUUCUCUUUCCAGAGACGCGUACACGAUAUUGUUCCCAUAUUUUUUUUUUUCAGCUGAUAUAACGCCACAAUUGGGCGAGAGUUACACCAGUCGAAGAAAAAUGCUCUACGAUAAAAUGGAGCAGGAUUCUUCCAGCGAAGGAACUUUGAAAGUGGAUGGUAACAAUGAAACUUCCGGCGCAGAUGUUGAACUGAGCAGAAGAUUUCGAUCGAGCGACGAGAAGAAGUCGAACAAAAGUGAAAAUCCCUCUGGCAGCAGUACACCUGAUGGAAAUGCCAGUAAAGAUCAGAGCGUUCGCAGCGCAGAGCGUAAAGCGUCCAGCGAGAGAAGAAAAAAGAAAAUCCUGAACGCGAAGUUGCUCAAGUAUCGUCCGAAUAUCCCUGGCAUUGGACCUCGUCUUUCAGCUGAAGAAGUUGCCAGUGUCGCGAUAUGGAUGAGCGAAUGUGCAAGGAUGCAAGAAGGUAUGGUUGGUCCACGAAAUCUGCGGCAUAUGAAUUGUCCUCCUUUAGACAGACAAAUAUCGGAAUCAUGACGAACCGAUAAAUGAAUUGUUAUAAGCUGCGAAUUUCCGUUAUGUCGUUUUUUUAGGGAAAAAUGUAAUUACUUUAAACGUCUAUAAAAAUUAGAAUGCUUAAAAAUAUGUAAAAUAGCGUUUUGUUUACAAUGUUUAAAGUCACGCGUUGAUUGUUAAGCCAUUCAUGAUUAAUGGAUGUGGAACAUAUUGUUAUAAUUCUCAGAAUACAGAUAACAUAGCAUAGGGAAAUAAGAAAUACACAAUAUGAUAAUAACAUUAUUGUAUAAUAACAUUAUACUUCGCUUAUUUUUAAGGUUCCCGAUUUUAUUUGACACUUGUACUUUUUAUUAACGUAAUAUUAUACAGAAUAGUCAAAUAU